GAGAGAGAGAGAGAGAGAGAGAGAGAGAGAGAGAGAGAGAGAGGAGGGGGGAGAAAGGAAAAAAAAGAAAUAGCUUUCUCUGGUUUCUAACUGCAGGCUCUGCCUUGUCGAGGGGCUUCAGCACUGCACUUCUGUGAAGUGCCCUCUCGUCCAGAGGUGUGUAGUGGUGUGUAUGAGUGAGUGUGUGUGUAUGUGAGCCAGAGCCUCAGGAGCCAUGUCGGACCCCAGGGACAUCGAUGAGGAUGCCCUCCUCAAGGGCCUCAGUGCUGCGGAGCUGGAUCAGCUGGAGUAUGAGCUGCAGGAGAUGGACCCCGAGAAUGCCAUGCUGCCCGCUGGCUACCGGCAGCGUGACCAGACGAAAAAGGGCCCAACGGGGACGUAUGACCGUGACGCCCUGCAGCAGCACUUGGAGAAAGAGGCCCUGGAGCACGAGGACAGGGACGACCUGGUGCCCUUCACCGGGGAGAAGAAAGGAAAGUCCUUCACGCCCAAGCCAGCGGCGGAGAUCCCCGAGCAUGAGCAGGUGAAGCUGGAGCCGGAGCUGGAGGAGGCUCUGAAGAAUGCCAGUGAUGCAGAGAUGUGCGACAUCGCAGCGAUCCUGGGAAUGUACACGCUGAUGAGCAACAAGCAGUACUACGAUGCUCUGGGCACCACAGGCACCAUCGCCAACAAAGAGGGCAUCAACAGUGUCGUGAAACCAGAUCCGUUCAAGAUCUUCCCCGACGAGCUGCCCAACCCCACCAACGUGGAGGAAACCCUGGAGAGGAUCCACAACAACGACAGCAGCCUGACUGAAGUCAACCUCAACAACAUCAAGGACAUUCCCAUCCCAACGCUGAAGGAGAUCUUUGAGGCGAUGAAGGGAAACUCUCAGGUGGAGUCUCUGACCAUCGCUGCGACCCGUAGCAACGACCCCGUGGCGUGUGCAUGUGCUGAGAUGUUGAAGGAGAACACCAGCUUGCAGAGUCUUAAUGUUGAGUCCAACUUCAUCACUUCAGACGGGAUGAUGGCGAUCAUCAAAGCUAUGGCCAACAACGCCACUCUGGUGGAGCUCAAGAUCGACAACCAGAGGCAGAAGCUCGGAGACUCGGUUGAGAUGGAGAUCGCCUCCAUGUUGGAGAACAACUCCAGCAUCCUCAAAUUCGGCUACCACUUCACCCAGCAGGGUCCCCGCGCCAGAGCCGCCAUGGCCAUCACACGGAACAACGACAUGAUUCGCCAGCAGAGAUUGAGAUGAAAGCAUCGAGGAGCGGAGAAGACCGCCGUCGCUAAACGAAUCCUCCCAAAUGAAGCUGGCUCGUCGUGCAUGGUGCACCUAACAUCCAUGUUCAUUUCAUUUCAUUUGCAGCCAGCUUUUUGUAGACUGCUGAAUUCAUCAUAAAGGCAUGUAGAGGUCACAAGCAAAA